AUGAUUACGUAUUCGAACGAUCGAUUGUUCACGUUCAAAGGUGUGACGCCCCUGGUGGAUAAAAACGAUAAGUACAUCGUGCUCUGUUUCGUAGUGGCUCUCUCGAUUCUGAGGUUGGUCUUUUCAGGAUGUGACUCACCGCUGACGGCGAAAUGGCCCUCAGUAAUAAGGUAUUACAUAACGAAGCAUAAAAUAUCCUCGGAAAAGAAAGUGUCGAAGAUGUCCGAAUCGAUAUGGUAUUUCCUGUGGCAUACUUUCUCGUUCGGAUACGCACUUAAAAUACUAGUGAAGGAGUAUGGAACUGCGGAAAAGCCAGGGUGGAUAAGAUACUUUGUGAAGGACCUGAAAGGAAUAUGGUUCUUCUCAGAGGAUCUGGAGCACGUGAAAAACAAAAUAGCGUCCUGGCCAAUGCUUGAAAUAACAAUGGAGACGAGAGUAUUCAUGCUGAUGUGCACAGGGUUCUGGAUUUCAUGCCUGAUCUUCAUCAACUGGGAGACGAGAAGGACGGACUCGAUGAUCAUGAAGUUCCACCACGUGACGACGAUCCUGCUCCUGGUGCUCUCGUACAUAUAUAACUUCCACAGAAUAUCAAUGUUCGUGAUCUUCUUCCACGACAUCCCCGACGUGCUGCUGUACCUGACGAAGGUGUACUCGUACUACAACAGGAACAACGACGUGCUGCUGGUGAUAUCGUUUGGACUCUACGGCCUGUCGCACUUCGUGAUGAGGUUCCUGUUCCUCUCGAGGUACAUAGCGUACCCGCUCCUGAUGAAGUUCGACGUGUUCGACUAUUCUGGGGGGACGAUCAAGUACCUGUGGGACUUCCCGGGCGGAGUAAUAUGCCCUGCCGCGAUAGCAGUUUUGAUGGUCAUGAACGCCUACUGGCUCAAUUUCAUCAUCUGCCUGUUUAAGAAAGUCAUAUUUAACAGGGCGGAAGUCGGUAAGUCGGGUAAAAUAUUCAUGCUUGUUUAG